AUCACUUCCUCUCGCUGCGGAAGCGUUUGAAAGUGCCAUUGCGCGAGAUUAGCAGCGCGAGGCCUCGAGCUCCACGCUGCAUGACGUGAUCUACAGGCCUCCGCACGCGGCAUGUGAUGGAGUGGCAGGCGGAUGAGCAAGGCCUGCAGCAGGUCCUCCAGCUUUUGAGAGACUCGCAAUCCCCAGACACAGCCACACAGAGAUCUGUACAGCAGAAACUUGAGCAAUUGAACCAGUACCCCGAUUUCAACAACUAUCUCAUCUUUGUGUUGACCAGACUGAAAUCUGAAGAUGAGCCCACACGAUCUCUCAGCGGUUUGAUACUGAAGAACAAUGUGAAAGUUCAUUAUCAGAACUUUCCUCCGGCAGUGGCACACUUCAUCAAGCAGGAAUGUCUAAACAAUAUCGGCGACCCUUCGCCUCUCAUCCGGGCCACUAUUGGCAUCCUUAUAACAACAAUUGCCACCAAAGGUGAGUUACAGACAUGGCCGGAGCUACUUCCCCAGCUCUGUAACAUGCUCAAUUCAGAUGACUACAGUACAUGUGAGGGCUCCUUUGGAGCUUUGCAGAAGAUCUGCGAGGACUCGUCCGAGCUGCUGGACAGUGAUGCUCUCAAUCGGCCUCUUAACAUCAUGAUUCCCAAAUUUCUGCAGUUCUUCAAGCACUGCAGCCCCAAGAUCAGGUCUCAUGCUAUUGCCUGCGUGAACCAGUUUAUCAUCGGCAGAGCACAAGCCCUCAUGGACAACAUUGACACGUUUAUUGAGAGUCUGUUUGCGCUGGCAGCGGAUGAGGAUUCAGAAGUGAGGAAGAACGUGUGCAGAGCUCUGGUCAUGCUGCUGGAGGUUCGAAUUGACCGGCUCAUCCCACACAUGCACAGUAUCGUUGAGUACAUGCUCCAGCGCACACGUGACCCGGAUGAGAACGUGGCUCUUGAGGCCUGCGAGUUCUGGCUUACGCUGGCUGAGCAGCCCAUCUGUAAGGAAGCCAUAUCCGGACACCUUGCACAGUUAGUCCCGGUUCUGGUGAACGGAAUGAAAUACUCGGAGAUUGACAUCAUUUUAUUAAAGGGUGACGUGGAGGAGGAUGAGGCCGUGCCGGACAACGAGCAGGACAUCAAGCCGCGCUUCCACAAGUCUCGUACCGUCACCCUUCGUCAUGAGGGCGGUGAGGGAGGGGAAGGGGAGGACAGCGAUGAGGACGACGACGAUGAUGACGACAGUCUGUCCGACUGGAACUUACGCAAAUGUUCUGCUGCUGCUCUUGAUGUCUUGGCAAACGUCUUUCGGGAUGAGUUGCUGCCCCCUUUGCUUCCAGUUCUGAAGGGUCUGUUGUUCCACCCGGACUGGAUUGUCAAGGAGUCCGGGAUCCUGGUGUUGGGGGCUAUUGCUGAAGGCUGCAUGCAAGACAUGGUGCCGUACCUUCCCGAGCUGAUUCCACACUUGAUUCAGUCUCUAUCUGACAAAAAAGCUUUGGUUCGCUCCAUCUCCUGCUGGACUCUGAGCCGCUAUGCAUUCUGGGUGGUCAGCCAGCCGGCCGACUCCUUCCUCAAACCACUGAUGACGGAGCUGCUCAGACGCAUCCUCGACAGCAACAAAAGGGUUCAGGAAGCGGCCUGCAGCGCAUUUGCCACACUGGAAGAGGAAGCCUGUACAGAACUGGUUCCCUACUUGAGUUUCAUUCUGGACACACUGGUGUUUGCCUUUAGCAAGUACCAACACAAGAACCUGUUAAUCCUAUACGAUGCCAUCGGAACACUUGCCGACUCUGUUGGUCACCACCUCAACCAGCCUGAAUACAUCCAGAAGCUUAUGCCGCCUCUUAUUCAGAAGUGGAAUGAACUGAAGGACGAGGAUAAAGAUCUGUUUCCAUUAUUGGAGUGCCUGUCUUCAGUGGCGACAGCUCUCCAAAGUGGCUUCCUUCCCUACUGUGAACCCGUCUAUCAGCGCUGUGUCACACUGGUCCAGAAGAACCUCGCUCAAGCCAUGAUGUACAAUCAGCACCCAGAUCAGUACGAAGCCCCUGAUAAAGACUUCAUGAUCGUGGCCCUGGAUCUUCUCAGCGGUCUGGCUGAAGGUCUCGGCAGUCACGUGGAUCAGCUGGUUGCCCGCAGCAACAUCAUGACCCUGCUGUUUCAGUGCAUGCAGGACUCCAUGCCGGAAGUGAGACAGAGUUCCUUCGCGCUGCUGGGCGACUUGACCAAAGCGUGCUUCAUUCACGUGAAGCCCUGUAUCGCUGAGUUCAUGCCUGUUCUGGGUCUCAACCUCAACCCUGAGUUUAUAUCGGUGUGUAAUAAUGCCACAUGGGCCAUUGGCGAGAUCGCUAUACAGAUGGGGACAGAGAUGCAACCGUUUAUGGCCCUUGUUCUUAGUAACCUCGUGGACAUCAUCAACAGGCCCAAUACACCCAAAACACUGCUGGAGAACACAGCCAUCACCAUUGGUCGCCUGGGCUAUGUGUGUCCACAGGAAGUUGCGCCCAUAUUGCCGCAGUUCAUUCAACCUUUGUGCACAUCACUUCGAAACAUUCGGGACAAUGAAGAGAAGGACUCUGCCUUCAGGGGCAUUUGUGUGAUGAUCGGGGCGAAUCCUGGAGGAGUGGUGCAAGACUUUAUAUUUUUCUGCGAUGCUGUGGCCUCCUGGGUAAAUCCCAAAGAUGAUUUGAGGGACAUGUUCUACAAGAUUUUGCACGGUUUCAAGGAUCAGGUAGGAGAUGAUAACUGGCAGCAGUUCUCCGAACAGUUUCCACCUGUGCUGAAGGAGAGACUUUCAGCCUGUUAUGGCGUGUAGUUGCAGCCGUCCUCGCAUAAGGGCGUAAUUUUUAGGUUAAAUCUGUGGGAUGAUUUCUAGAGAAAUUCAUUCAUGUCUGUGGGAUUGACCUGCUGUUGGAGCCAAAGAGACGACUGUUGGUGAUCUGGCUUGGCUCCACCACCUCUGUCUUUGUGAAAAGAGGAUUUGAGAGUGUAAAUGUGAAAUCAACUUGUCACAGUUUAGCUUCUGACUUGAUCAGGGUGGGCUCGAAACCAGAAGUUCAGGGAUCUUGAUUGGAAGGGAGGGAACAUUCAGGCAAGAUUCACCAGCUGCUUAUUUUGGGAGUGAAUAAAAACCGCUCCAUUCAUAACAGACCGCCUCAACUAGAUGCCUAAAGCACACAACAAUGCAUUGAGUGGCAUACUUGUUGACUCGCAUAAGGCGGCCUGUGCCUGAACAAAAUUGAUCUUAAAAGGAUAGUUCACCAAAACUCAGUCACCACAUCCUUUUGUAUGUACGUUUUUAUUUUUGGGCGCACUAUCACUUUGAAAUUUAACAGUGAGACUGGUAAUUAUGUAAUUUAAGUUUUAACCAAAUAUUGUGUUAGCUGUUGGCAAUGCAUGUGAUUUAAUGUUAUAAGAGAUUAAUUUUUCAACCAUGUAAUUAACUUAAGAACAUAUUAGAUCCUUUCUGCAUUUUCUGCCUGCUUUAUUUUUCCACAUAACAUUUGAGUGACAUUCAGGCGGUCGUUCAUUUUCUCCACCAAGGUGAUUGCCUCCCUCCUUUUGUUGGUCAUGCUAAUAUAGCGAGUAAUGAAACACGUAGGCCUCGAGAACAAGAAUGGUGAUAAGUUUUCGUUUAGUUUCAGAUCGCUGUGAUCUGUGUUCUUUAUUUCAGCAUUGUCUUGUCUCCACCAAUCUGCGCCAAGAUCUUACUAUACAUUUUGCUUUUUAAGUGUAUUGUAGGAAAUUAAAUGAAUUCUUAAACCGAAGUUAGUGGCUUUGUUGAUAUGCACUUUCUCUGUUAAAGGUUUUCUAGUGUCUCUUAAAGAUGAGGAUCUGUUAGAAUUACAAAGCCAUUUCUUUUAACGGUGUGUGUGGCUAAAAACAUCUAAUCCAGUAUCACAUCCAAGCACAGUCAAUUUCUAAAGUUAACUUGAUUUCUAAGUCCUAAGCUUCAUUUUAGAGACUUGUUCAAAGUUUUUUUAAAUGUGCAAUUCUUUAGUUGGAUACAAAUCAUGGCUUGAAAGACGUAAUGUCGGUUGCGAGAAGUGUUGUUGGGAUAAACUUUCAGAUAACCACGUGAUUUGAUUUCGUUGUUUAAUUGUCUGUAAAACAUUUUAGCAAUGGCAGUAGUAAUUGCCCUUCCUCCCUUUCCCUUCACAUUUAGACCCUUGUACUAGUUAUUAAAUGCCUGUUAUAAAGCAAUAUCCAUAUUUGUUUUGGUGGAAUUAUAGUUGAAAAGUAUCUUCCUGUUUCUUCUCAUACAACACUAGCUCUGACAAUCUCAUUUAUAAAUGCCUACAUUUUCUAAGAUGCUUUUUUGAAAAUAGUUAGAAAUAUGGGUCAUGUUUUUUGCAAAAUUGGGAAAGUGAUUUAGUGCCACAUUUUAAUCCAAGAGGACAUGUUACAGAUGGGGCUUAAAUUCAAUGCCCUUAAAUAAUCAACAUGUAAUAUCUUUAACAUCAUGGUUAGAUAUUUAGAAUUUGCAAAGUGAAAUUGUUGACAAAGUGAAAAUCUGAAUUAUUAGUGCACUGAUGCAUUUUCUCCUGUUACGGUCAUGACAAUAUGCUGCCAAGCGGAACGUUUAGACAUAAUGUCAUUUUAAUUUUUUUAAUGAGUUUUUGUAAGUUAAAUGGUUUGUUAAGUUCUUUUUAAUAUAUUUGGUUUUGUGCUUGCAUGCACAAAUAUUUUUUAGACUUUAAAAGUUUUUUUCUUUUUGUUUAAAGAAUUUAUUUUACUUUCUUUUUGUUUAAAGAGUUUUUUGUUUUCUACAGGCAGGCAGGUAUGGAGAAAUGCAUUUAGCUUAUGAUUUUUAGAAAGUCUGCUGAAGCAUUGAUUGAUUUACUCAACUUUACCUCUCUGGAUGGUUCUUUUCUUUCUUUCUGGUCACCUGUAAUUAGAUCUCUAAAUGGGUAAAUAAACACUUUGUCUAAAUGUG